GACAAGUUGUUGGACAUUCCGAGAUGGCAGAAAUGGCUUCUUUGGAUAGGGUAUGCUGAAACUUCACAUUCUUUCUCUGGACCUCACAUGCGGCUUCGGGGGUAGGGGACCAUUGCUGACAUGACAUUCAAUCCAGGGUCUGCCUUACCUACUAUGCCAAUGGGCUAGACAAUUUUACCAUGUCUGUAUAUCUGAACACUGCCGCAUCGCAAUUCAACGGAAUUGUGCAGUAUACCACACUCGGAGUCAUUCAGAGCAUGAUUCUGGCGGCAGGCAAGCCGGUGUUCGCCAAACUCGCCGAUGUGCUCGGACGGGCCGCCACUCUCACCCUCUCGGUUCUGUUGUUCACGAUCGGCACCAUCACGAUCGCAGCAUCGAAUGGCAUUGGAGGUCUGGCGGCUGGCAUGGUGUUUUUCUCCAUGGGCAACACCGGAUUGAGUUUCGUGUUACAACUCGUGGUCGCCGACCUCACCUCUCCUCGAUGGCGAUGCACCAUAACGAACGUCCUGACUGUCCACUUUGUCAUCAACUUUGGGAUCGCCUCCAAAAUCACCAACGCGUUGGUCCCCGAAAACUGGCGAUGGGGAGUGGGCAUGUUUACCAUCAUCAAUCCAUGUGUGACCGCGCCAAUCAUUGGUGUUUUGGUCUGGCAGCAGAUUCAAUCGGUCCGCCAGGGUGUCAUCCACAAAUACCCGUAUGAGGGCAUGGGCUUCCUACGGUCCUUUCGUGCCUUCAUUAUCGACAUCGACCUAGCUGGUCUAUUCUGCUUCGCCGGCGGCUUUCUGCUCCUUCUCCUACCGUUGACGAUCGCCGAUGCAGCUCCCAGAGGAUACCAAAGUGGCUAUAUCAUUGCCAUGUUCGUCCUCGGGGCCUGUCUGCUUCUGGCAUGGCCUCUAGUCGAGCUUCGCGCGCCUCGCCCAAUGGUUCGAAUCCGGGAGUUCUUCGCCAAUCCUGAUGUGAUUGUACCGAGUGCCAUCUUGUUUGUGGACCAAUUUUCAGUUGCGCUGACCAUGACUGCCGCCUAUCAAUGGGUCGAAAUAACGCACGGUUGGAGCACUGGCAACGCGACAUACUUCCUGUACACGCAGUCCCUCUGUCUUGUCGUGUUCGGUAUCGCCGCUGGACUUGCUGCCACAUAUACCGGCAGGUACAAGAGGCUUAGCAUCGCUGGUGCGUGCAUCCGCAUCAUUGGCCUAGGCGUGAUGAUGAAGUACCGAGGAUCUCACGCAUCCGCAUUCCAAGUCGUGAUUCCCCAGGUUCUCAUGGGUCUGGGAGGAGGGCUAAUGACAGCCAAUGUGGCUGUUGUUGCGCAAGCUGCCGUUCCACACGAAGUCCUGUCAAUCGUGACAGGAUUCACCAUGCUCGUUCUCGAGCUCGGCGCUGCAAUUGGGGCCGCUGUGGUGGGUGCAGUGCAGCAGACACUACGCGGAAGCUUACACCAUUACCUGGAUCCGAUCACCGGCGGCAAUGCGACAGUUGUCGACAUUAUCUAUGCCCAGGGCAGCGGGGCCAUGGCAGAUUACCCCCUGGGUACGCCAAUCCGGGAUGCCACUGUUCAUGCAUGGACCAACAAUAUGCACCAACUGAUCAUCGGGGCCAUCACUCUAGCUGCAGUCAACCUAUUGACCUGCGUGGUCCUGCCUGACCACGAGCUAAAGGACAAACAGCAGAACAAUGUAGAAGAGGGUCGCGUCGGUGUUCUUCCACCUAUCGCAGCAAGACCGGAACAGAGAAGUACGCUUCAGGUUGCUUAAAAAAAAGGGAAAUUGCCGAAGAGAGGACUCAGACACGGGCGCGGCGCCGAGACUGCCGCAGGAGAAACGGAUUUCGUUGGUCUGAGGGAAUACUGAGAGAGGUGAAAAGAGGUGAGAAGAAGGCGACUGGUGAGGUGCGAGCACGCGUGUUCUAGAGCGGCGAGGUCUGGGUAGGCGCAGCAGGAGUGCUGAGUAUCUGGAUGUAGUUGACGCCGCCCUAACGAAAGUUGAUGCACGCGUAGCUUCCUCCCAGUACUUUCUUGUUGUUGUAAACACACAAUGCAGUCCAUUCAGGUAAUAUGCGUGAUACGCUGGACAUUACUUACUGGUAGGCCAG